GAUUUGCCGACCUUGUGUGCGCCAUCUAUAAAAGUUCAUAGGUAAACAAAUCAGACAAAUUCUCUAUCUAUACGUUCACUUAUUUGUGAAGUAAGGGUGAGAUUCUGGGGAAAAUGUAUGUGAAAAAUCAUGGAAAAACCUCCAGCCCAGUGCAGUAACUGCGUUGCCACCGCGGCCAAGUACUGGUAAACUGCCAUGGAUCCACGAAAAGCGGAGCAGUUGUCUGCGAGGCGAGUGUCAGUGAACUAAUUCCGUGUAGCCAGCGGGGCAAUUAGGCUAGGUCUGUGAAUCCUAUAAAAAUUCAAUAUGGCAUCCAAUAUGAGUGAUCAUAGCAAUCAAAGAAUGGAUAAAUCACGCACUACUAACAAUGUGAUAAACCUCACCACCAGUGAAACGUUGAGGCUCGAUGGAGACCGGACAAACUUGCACCUGCAGGCCGAGGGUGGUGGUGUCACUCCAGGGUUCCAAAAGAAGAAAAACUCAUCAUUUCAAAUUACCAGUAUCACUUCCCGGUUAAGUAAUGAUGGUGGUGAAGAUAGUGCUGAUGAUACGGAAGAUAUUUCUGACAUCAUGGAUAGCUCUAAGGGUCCUGACUUCGACCAGGAGACGCCCAGCUUCUCAGAAGAUUACUCAAAGUCUGAGGAAGUGUUCUUCGGGCCAGCACCAGUGAUUCCUACGAGCUCCCAGUACGGCAUUACUGCGUUGGUACAGCAGACGGGUUCUGGCGGUGUAAUGACGGCCAGGUUACCUCAGGGAGUCACUGUCAACGUCACGGAAGGUGGCAUUGCUUUAGCAAAGGCUGAUGGUGAAUCGGAUGAUGUCGACCAUUGGCAAAAUAGGUUUAAAAUUGUUAAAAUAGAUUCUAAUGAACCUUUUAAACGUGGAAGAUGGAUCUGUUUGGAUUUCAUGGACUCUCCUGCAGUAAGUGCAGCUAAUAGUCAAAAGAAAGAUGAUUCUAAUGUGGUUGUUAAUAGUGUUGGCCAGAAGGAGCCAGAUGUUGGGGAUAAUCAGCCACAGACGGUUGUACAGUUAACUGUACCACUGCAGCAACAGACCCAUACAGGACAAGCUCAGUCUCACUCUGUGCCUGCUCAGUAUCAGGUACCUCAUUCUUCUCAGGCAUCCACGCCUAUGGUACCAUCACAACCAGCUCAGAGCAGCGGGGUUCCCAUGCAGUCUACACAACAUAUCUCUGGUUCAGCCGCCCCUCAGGCCCAAAGUACUUUGCAAUAUACACCGCAAGGUGCCCAAAUGCAAGGACAGUUGCAGCCGCCCAUGUCCCAGGGUUACCAGACUACAAGCCAGACUCCUCAGGGGUCAGUUCAUCCUUCUCCUUCUGCUCAGACGCCCCCACAAGCCCAGACUACAUUGCAACAGCCCCAGAUGCAACAGUCAAGCCUCCCACCACAAACCUUACAGCAGUCAACAGCAUCCCAGCCAAAUGUACAGCCUACCAUGCAAGCUCCCAAGACAUCGCUUCAGCCUGGAGCUGUAUCUCAGGCAACUAUGCAGCAGGGCAUGGUGCCUGGGAGCUCUCACGCUCAGCAACAGCAGCACCAGCCUGGGCAACCACAGUCCAGUAUGCCACAACCCUCCAUGAACACUCAGAGUAUUCCACAGCAAGGGAUUCCAGGCCAGAAUGUCACCAUUCCACAAAGUGUUCCUCAGACAACUGUGAUGGGUCAGCCAGGUAUCCCAACACAAUCCCUUCAGCCAACUGUAAUCAGUAGCCUCCCAACACAGGGUGUCAGUAUGGGCCAGCCUGUUGUGACUCACCCUGGGGUUCCUCCACAGCCUGUGAUGAGCCAGCCUCAACAGGGGGUGGCACAACAAACCCAUCCACCACAGAGUGUGCCUCCACAAACAUUAGGUCAGUCUCCAGUGGUCCAAAGUGGGCCAUCACCACAGCAAAUAAACCAGGGUCUGACUUCAAAAACGAUCCCUGGAGCGCAACAGAUGCAGGUGCCUAGUUCACAGCAGAUGCCUACAACGCAAAUGAGCAGUAAUAUAGGUCAAGCAGGAAUUAUUAACCAAGCAACAAUGGGAACACCACAGCAAAUAACAGCAGGCGCUCCUCAGCCAAGUGUCCAAACCUCACAGGCCCCACCAGUUAGCCAUGGCUCUCACCCAGGCACAGGUGCUGCACCCACACCUGCCACUACCCCAGCUCAACCCCAGUCUCAUCUCAGUAUGGGUGCUUCUGGUGUGCAACCAACAUCUGUGGACCAGCCACCUCAGCAACAGCAGCCUCAGCCACCUACAAAUUUAGAUGGUAUACCUGCAGUUCAACCUACUGAUGAUGCCUCCAAUGCUACGCCUCCAGCCCCAGGACAACCAGACGACUCAGAAAGUUUCCGUGGCUUGGCGCGGGCCUUGUCCUCCGGAGUGUUCCCAAGCUCUCCCUCCGGAGAUCUACCCGUCGCUGUGGCUCCGCCCACCACCAUGGGCGUGGCGGUGUCAGGGUGUGUCAUACCGCUGUCCAUCACGCCCCCGACUUUAUCGCCUGCGCUUCCUGGUGCCGCCGUGGUGGUUCCGCUGGGCCCGCCCGCGCCCAUGGAGCCCCCGCCGCCGCUCAUGGAAGUUCCGAAGGCUCCCAGCAUCUCCAUCGCCAGCGCCGAGAAGGACGCCCCUCAAAGCGCCUCCACCGCCAGCACAGUCGCCAUCGACAACAAGAUCGAGCAAGCAAUGGAUUUGGUUAAGUCCCACUUGAUGUUCGCGGUGCGAGAGGAGGUGGAGGUCCUGAAGGAGAAGAUCACGGAAUUGAUGGAGCGCAUCAACCAGCUGGAGUACGAGAACACCGUCCUGCGGCAGUACGCGACGCAGGAGGCGCUCCAGCAGAUCCAGCAGCCCCACCACAACUCCAACACCUGAACCCCCGCGCCCCACCAUUAACACAGCGCCUCCUCAUGGCCACCCUUGUGGUGGCCCCCCCCAACUCCCUCUCGGCGGCAGCUGAUGCAGCGGUUCCUGGGCCUUAGGCGGCCUGAGCGGUGUGCACCGUCUUCGGCGGGCUGACCCCGGCCGCCCGCCCCGCCCACACGCCGCCCACGGACGCCCACGGCACCCAGCAUCGUCAUACAAGCUCAUCAUCUUCAUUUCCAUUACGGCUCCGGCUAAUUAUUUAGGCUUUGUUGUGUAUAUAGUCCAUUCAGUCUCCACCAAGUUUGUACACAUUAUUUUUGUUGGCCUUGUAUUACAAUAGUGAGGUGUAAGGAGUUUGUGAGCGUGAUGAUAGAUGAAUCAAUAUAUAUAAAUGUAUGUUUUGCUUGGCUUACCGUCAAGAGGACAGGGCGCGCGGUCUCAGCAGGAGCAGCUGGGCAGCCGGGGGCCGUCCCGCCGGCUGCCCUCUUUUCAAGAAGCGCUUGGACCACGCUGGACCCGCGCCCCCUCACGCACUCCACACAGCGCUCAUACACUCCAACACACAUGUUGUGUUCACAGCAUCUCCAUCAUUAUUCAGAAUUAUUUGUCAGUGAUGUCUAAGGGUAGUGAGGUAGCAAAGUGGUGAUGGUGACGCGAGAAGGACAGCAGCGCGACGGGUGAGCGAGUGACGCCCGGCGCCCGAGGAACGUCGGCCACGACAGAUAAGGUGGCGUGGCUCAAGCACACGCACUCUGAGGCCAGGAAUGCACAGGUCAACCCGCGCUGAUUAAUCUCUCUGCUCGGAGAAGUUGAAGGUGUCAGCUGUUGGUAUGUUUUACUGCCUUACGUGGGACAAGAUACGACAGGUUAUAUAGAUUUAUCUUCUGUGAAUGAUGACCCCCCCCCUCCCCCCCGCCUUCCCCAGGAUAAAGCUUGUACCGACAGCAGUACUGUAGUUACACAAAGGUGCUCACGGCUAGCAUGAAACACCUGAAAAUGUAAAAUGUCUACUGAUCAGGAGGACUGAAGCCUCCCCCACCCCGCGCUCUCCCGCCCCAACGACCCUGUGCCUCAGAAGACAACCCCAGUAUAGGAGCACCCUGCUUGGCACUAAGCACGUGAAGGCAUGUGAUAUUGUAGUGUAUCCUUUCCUCCUCUCCUUCCUCCUUCUCUCUCCCCACCGCUUUCUCGCCCUCCUCCUCCUGUUCCUCUGUUUCCUCCUCUUCUCCUUCCCGUCCCCCAGCCCAGGUCAGCACCUCAAAGGAGGUAGCUCAUUCACUUCCUCAUAUUGGGGAGGUUCCUCGUAGUGCCGGCGGCCGGAGGGCCAUCCGGGGGAGGUUCUCGCUCCUCCCCGGGUGAUGACGACGCACUCCCUGCUUGAGGCUUGACGAGGCUAGUCGAACUUUUACCAUGUAGUGUCCACGUUUGACAAGUGGACGGAAGUCACUUUUUGUCCAGUUUUCCGCUGUGCCAUUCUGCCUGAGGUAUUGUAGGACCACGACCAGCCAAACACAAACUAGAGGUCUCACAACGAAUCUCUAGAACUCUUGAAGAAAAUUUAUGUAUGACUUUAAAGCUUCUCUUAUUUUUUAAACAAAAGAUUGACAAGGUUUACUUUUUAAUAAAAAGAUAUAUUGUAUUAUGAUUUCGAUGUGUAUUGAGCCUUUAUGAUAUUUUUAUGCCCCUUGUGUUUAUUCUUGUCAAUGUCGAAACUGCUCUCAGAAACUGUAUUUUGUUAUAUGUACAUUUCUAGUUACUGUAACAUUGUUGCUCAUUACAGUCUCCUGCUGUCAUACUAUUAAAAGUUCCUGAGGUAAUAUAGGUUUGAGUAUUUUUUUUCUCUCUCUCUCGGUGAAUGCAAAUCGCUUGUGUAAUGUCCUGCCGACUGACUGGUGAUGUGUACUAAGGUGAUAUAAUGUAAAUAGCGUUAAGAGUGUUGUCCCGCGUAACGACCAGGACAAUCUCGUUCAAUUCUCAACCGGUAUUCAGCUACUGGGCAGAGUAAUACUCGCUCGCCCACCUUACCAUACACAAGAUUUGUAUAAGAAUAAAGCUAUUGAUAUUUAA